CAAAAAAUUAAGUGUCGUUAUGAAAUGAAAAUCACCAAUUAAGCCUUUUAUUCAUCAUAUAUCGUUAUGUUUUCAUUAAUUAACAUAAAAUAAAUCUUUCAAACUGUUUAAAACGUUCUCAAACAAACAAUAAACAUAAUUUUUCUAGGAUUACUUUUCCAACGAAAACCAAGUGUUCAAAUUCUAAUUUCAACCGUUAUUUAUAAAGAGAUUUAACCAAAAUUUCAUUAAAAAACAAUUUAACCACUUUAAUUACAUGAAUUGAGCAUAAUUAAGCAUAAAGGUAAAUUUUCGAAAAGUCGUGACUUGAUUUGCAGCAAGGAGUGGCAUCAGAAAUCAUUCCGAGAUACGAGAAUAUAUAUGAGUAUAUAGAACAACCUUAACGACAACCCUGGAUUGUAUAUCUUUCAAAGAAUAAAAAUAAGAAAGUUCGAACGAAAAAAAAAAUAAUAAAAAAAGGUAUAGAUGGCAACAGAGAAGACAACAGAUAGUCUCUUACUUAAAGAACCAAUGAAAGUAGCAGAAGUCCCUCAUAAAGAAAUUAUCCUUGUCGAAGACAAGUCGCAGUCAAAAAGUGAUAAUAUUGUAAAAGAGGACGAGGAAGAAAAUAGUAUGGAUAUUUCUAUGGAUCCUUCCGACAUGAUUUCACCCGAUAAUAAGACAAUUGCCGAAGAACGAAAGACUACGGGCAAUGCAGAGUACAAGGCUCAAAAUUAUCAUGCAGCAUUGAAAUAUUACUCUGAUGCCGUCUCUUUAUGUCCCGAGAAUCCAGCGUAUCUUGGCAACCGUAGUGCUUGCUAUAUGAUGUUAGCAAAUUACAAGGAAGCACUUAACGACGCAAAGAAGAGCAUCCAGUUAGACUCAAAAUUCGAAAAAGGAUACUUGAGAGCUGCUAAAUGUUGUCUUUUACUUGGCGAUCUCGUACAGACUGAACAAACAAUUAAGAGAUUCCUUGAACUUGAUCCCAAAAAUACCGCUUUAAAGGCAGAAAUACAGAAUCUUAAACAACUCAGGACAUUGGAUGACAAGGCGCUUCAGUGCUAUAAUAGACAGGAUUAUCGUACAUGUCUCUUUAAUCUAGAUUCGGCACUAAAAAUAGCUCAAGCUUGUCAACGAUAUAAGCUAUUGAAAGCUGAAUGUCUUGCAUUAUUGGGUAGGAUGGAAGAAGCAAAUGAUAUUGCCAUUGGAAUUAUGAAAAUUGAUUCAUCAAAUUGUGACGCUAUCUAUGUGCGCGGUUUGACACUUUAUUAUAGCGAUAAUUUAGAUAAGGGAAUUAUGCAUUUUGAAAGAACACUUGUCUUAGAUCCAGACCAUAAAAAAGCAAAAUUAAUGAGAACAAAGUCUCGAACUUUGAAGGACAAGAAGGAGCAAGGAAAUGAAUGCUUCAAAACCGGAAAAUAUCGUGAGGCGCUUACAAUCUACUCAGAAGCUCUUAGUAUUGACCCGCUCCAUAAAGAAAUAAACAGCAAAUUGUACUUCAAUCGAGCAACUGUCAACACGAAGCUUGGAAAUUUAAAUGAUGCUGUUCGUGAUUGCACAGAUGCCCUUAAAAUCAAUGAUAAAUAUGUAAAGGCUCUGCUUAGACGAGCUAGAUGCUAUUAUGACAUGGAAAAGUUCGAGGAAUCGAUUAAAGAUUAUGAAACUGCACUCAAACUUGACAAGUCAAUGGAAACAAAGAAUGCAUUAAAAGAUGCUAAGCUUCAAUUAAAGAAGAGUAAGCGUAAGGAUUAUUAUAAAAUUCUCGGUGUCACCAAAUCAGCAACAGAAGAUGAAAUCAAAAAAGCAUAUAGAAAACGUGCACUCAUACAUCAUCCAGAUAGACAUGCGAAUGCUACAGACGAAGAAAAGAAAGAUCAAGAGAAAAAGUUCAAGGAGGUUGGUGAAGCAUACACAAUACUUUCAGAUCCUGCCAAAAGAAGUCGCUACGACAAUGGACAAGAUCUUGAGGAUAUGGACAUGCCAGAAUUUGAUCCAAAUCAAAUGUUCCGACAGUUCUUUAGCUUCUCUGACGCUCAUUCUGGUGGUGGAUAUGGUGGUGGAAAUUCCUUCAGUUUCCAUUUCGGUUAAAGUGGUUUACGUUACUUACGACUCUAUACUACACAUACAUUUCAAUGAUCUACAGAAUGUGACCGCAAUGUUGUGGAGAGAGAUUAAAGCGGAAGGAAUGAAGUCGUUUUGCGGUUUGUGAUGGAUGAUUAAAAUUUUUAUUACAUUACUCUAAUUUUUCAUCAAAUACUUUUAUUUUAAAGAAAUAAAUAAUUGAAAUUAAAGAUAAAGCAUAAAUAAAAUUAAAUGUCAAGUUCGUAAUGCAAGUUCAAAAUCAUGAUAUUGUCCAAGUUUUAUAACAUUAAUCAAAGUAGUGACAUACCUUACUAGCAAUUCUAAUUGCGAUUGAAUAAAGAUUAUAGAAAAUUUACAUUUAAUUGCGAAAAUAUACCAGGACCUAAUAAAAUAGAUCUAAACAAAGAAUAAACAUGAAAUAACAGCAUAUAUUGAAAAUUUAGAAAUUUGAAUUUUCGCCAGGAU